AUCCCAGGGAUCCUCGAUAUUUUCCAGGAAACUUUGGAAAUACAAUGGCGGGGGGAUAUAUGAAUGUCACUGUGCGGUGGGUAAAGUUGUUUCUAGUAAAAUAAGAAGAGGGCCGUAAAAGAGCGCAGGUAGAAGUUAAUUUUUCCAUUGAUAACUUCAUUUUAAUGAGAAAUCGCGACCGUUUACGUUUCUACAUGAACCCUGUGUUUCUGAUUGUGGUUCUAAGGGGCACUCACGGCGGACCGCGGUAGGUGUCUUGGCGGCCGGGUAAACUCGAAACUUGUGCAAAGUGUGAAUGGUGGCAGGUUCUGCCCAGCGAACCCUUCUUCUGAACAUGAUUUCUGCGUCUCUCCUCCGAGCCGUUCAGUGCACAGAGAAGUUGCACAGUUACCUCGGGAAGCGACUGUUGUUGCUGCAGCUGAUCCCCCUUAACAAAGCCUAUGUUAAGACGUGGCCAUGUUUGAGGUGGGGGCUGGGGGAGCAAAGGGAAGCUGUACCGCCACCCAGACGCAUCCUUAGGGUCCCUCAGAAAGCCAUCUGGACUCAGGGAAACAGGCCCCCGAGAGCGGAAGAGGACGGCAGCAAACAAGUGUCUGUGCAGAAAAGUCAGAGAGGAGAGCCCGCUGUUUCAGUUUCACAGAGAGUGAAAGAAGCUGGAAGAGACUUUACAUAUUUAAUAAUAGUGCUUAUUGGAAUCAGUGUCACAGGUGGCUUAUUCUAUGUUAUUUUCAAAGAACUUUUCUCUGCAUCCAGUCCCAAUAAAAUUUUUGGAAGAGCCUUAGAAAAAUGCAGAUGUCAUCCAGAGGUAAUCAGUGUUUUUGGUAAUAACAUUAAAGGUUAUGGGGAAUCAACAAGGCGAGGUAGAAGACAGCAUGUCAGUUAUGUUGAAUAUGUAAAAGAUGGGUUAAAUUAUAUACGUCUGAAAUUCUACAUUGAAGGCUCAAUACCAGGGAAGCAUGGAACUGUGCAUCUUGAAAUGAAAGAGAACCCAGAAAGUGGCCAAUAUGAAUUUCGCUAUAUAUUUGUGGAUGUUGAUGUCCUUCCUAAAAGAACCAUUAUUAUAGAAGAUAAUCGAUCCUGAGAUAAUUAACCAAAAGAAUUAAACAACUCUUAUAUGGUCUACUAUGUCACAUAGUGGAGAAUCACAUAUGUUCCAAUUUUCAUAGUUCUCUUUGUGAGUCUGAUAUGAAUAAGACAUAAAAAAGGAUGUUUAAUAAAGAGGGGAUUUAUGUUACAUUAGAAUGAUAAUAUUAGAGAUCUUCAGUUGGGCAAAAAGCCAUGAAAUAAAGUACAUCUGUAUUUUAUCCAAAUGAAUUGUUAUUCAGGGACAUUAUUUUUGCUUCAUCUAGAACAAUACCAUCUUUCAAAAUAGGAAUUUUAUUUUAUUGAAACUUUAUGCUGCAGAAAUACAGAAGAUGAAUUGUGGGGUUCCAUGCUUUUCCUUAUGUUAUACAACAUUAUUAAAAAAAAAAAAAA